AGCAGUUCCCAGCUCGGUCCGCGAGCUCGCGGUCCUUCCGCUCCCAUGUUCGGCGAGCGGGCCGCGGAGCUGGUGCGGGGGCUGCACCGCGCCGCCGACGGGCACCUUCCCGCCUUCAACGAGGAUGGAAUCCGACAAGUUCUUGAGGAGAUGAAAGCUUUAUAUGAACAGAACCAGGCUGAUGUAAAUGAGGCUAAAUCAGGACGAAGUGACUUGAUCCGAGCAAUCAAAUUUUGUCAUUGUUCUCUGCUGCGAAAUCGACGAUGUGUUGUUGCAUACCUGUAUGACCGGUUGCUUCGGAUCCGAGCCCUUAGGUGGGAGUAUGGUAGUGUCUUGCCAAAUGACCUCCGAUUUCACAUGUCUUCUGAAGAAACGGAGUGGUUCAAUCAGUAUAAAAAGUCUCUUGCUACCUACAUGAGAUCCUUAGGAGGAGAGGAAGGGCUGGACCUCACACAGGACAUGAAACCUCCCAAAAGCUUAUACAUUGAAGUUCGGUGUUUAAAGGAUCAUGGAGAAUUUGAGAUUGACGAUGGUACAACAAUUCUGUUGAAGAAGAAUAGCCAGCAUUUUUUACCACGCUGGAAAUGCGAACAGUUAAUCAGACAAGGAGUUCUGGAGCAUGUUCUGUCAUGAACACAGUGUGGGAGUUGUGGGCCAGACUCCAUCGACCUCCUUCCUUGACGAACUCUCUGUAAUAAGGAAAUCAAACCAACUGUAGUGGUGAUUUUAGCAGUGGCAAAUACAACUUUUCUAGUGUAA